AUGCCACACUGCGGCGGAGCAGGUGUUACACUCGUGGUGCUGCUUCUCAAUGCCGUCACGAACAUUAUUCUGGUGGCAGCUGCUGAACGGAAGCAGGUCUUCGACUUGGGUGGCUUGAUGGGGUGCCUUCCCGGCAAGUGGGCCAGGCUGCUCCGCUGGGCAUUCGAUGUAAGCAUUUGGUUAUCCGUGGGGCUUGCCUUGCUGGGUUACUUUGUGGUGGUUGCUGAUGCCUUCAGCCCCCUUGCAGACUUCGUUGGCUUUCCGUCAACAAUCAACAAACAGGUGUCGGUUCUCUUGGGAACCCUGUUGGUCAUCCCGCUUUCCUUAAUGGAUCCAGAGUAUCUUGCUUUCAGUUCCACGCUGAGCGUGGCAGCCAAUGUAUACUUGGUUCUUCUCAUCACUUUCCUCUUUGUAUCCCAGUCCGAAGCAACAUCGCACCAACCCUUCUGCUGGCUUGGUGCCGGACCCGGCGUCAUCACCAUGGGCAGCGCGUUAAUGCAGUCGAUGAUCUUCCAGAUGUGUACCAUCCCGAUGUACGAGGUGCUGGAAGACCGGAGCGUCCGGCGAUUCAGCGUUUGCCUCGUAGUGAGCUUUUGCUUUGUUUUCCUGCUUUUCACUACGCUAUGCCUCAUGGCAUUGCGCCUGUAUGGCGAUGGUGUGUCUUCGAAUAUUUUGAACAAUCUUCCUCCAGAUGUGUCGGGAGAUGUUGCUCGUGUAGGUGUGGGCCUGGCGGUCAUCGCCGUUUACCCAAUCUACCUGGAAUCGAUGGUGGCGCCCUUGCGGCACGCUGAGGAGCGUGCCUGGCGACAUCGACAGCCUCUGAUGAUUCCUUCUCCUCAAGAUUCACUGAUUUUUGAUGAGGAUGUGAUCCCCCGAGGCACAUCUAGCGACCUCGAUGCUGGACCUUCGCGCAGCACGUUGUCCUGGAUGUCGGAUCGGCUCUUGAAGGUCCGAGUGAAGGUCUUCCAGCUCCAUGGCAUUCUUCCUAUGCGCCCUUCGCACUUUGCGGCCGUUGCGAUUAUCCUGGGGUCUGCGGCGGGAGGCUGUGUGGUCACCCACUUAGGCUUCUGCAACAUCGUGAACGGAGCGAGUCAGGUGGCCGCCAUGGUUGGCUGGGCACCAGGCUUUGCAGGACUCUUCUUGCUCGGCUGGGAGCAAAGGUGGUGGCAGUUUCUGAUGAUUCUUCUGAUCAUCUUUGCGACCAUGAUGUCGAUGGUGGGGAUGAUGUACAGGGACAACUUUGUAAGCUCGCUGAACUGCAUGUGGGAAUCCAGCUGA